CACUGAGAAAGCUCGUCUUCUUCAUCGAUGGCAUCCAAAGAGAACCAAAAGGUUCUCAUCUUCGACACCGAAGAGGAGCUCUCCAUCUCGCUGGCGGAGCACACGGCCAAGCUCUCCAACCAGAUCACCAGUCACAGCGCUACAUUCACCGUCGUCCUCUCCGGCGGCACCCUCAUCGACUCUCUGAGGAAGCUUGUGGGAUCUCCGUAUGUGGAUUCAGUGGAUUGGGCGAAAUGGCAUGUGUUCUGGGUCGAUGAGAGGGUUGUGCCCAAGGAUCAUCCAGAUAGCAAUUACAAGCUCGCACUUGAUGGAUUUCUCUCCAAGGUGCCGAUUCCAGCUGAUCAAGUUUAUGCCAUUAAUGACACCUUGCCACCUGAAGGAGCCGCAGAUGAUUAUGAAGCAUGCUUGAAAUAUCUAGUCAGAACUGGAAUUCUUAAGGUCUCAGCUACCACUGGCUUCCCAAUAUUUGAUCUCAUGCUACUAGGAAUGGGUCCAGAUGGUCACAUAGCUUCUCUAUUCCCCGGCCACCCUCUACUCAACGAAAAGGAACGUUGGGUGACCUACAUUAAGGACUCCCCCAAACUACCACCUCAGAGAAUUACCUUUACAUUUCCAGUGAUCAAUGUGUCUGCUAAUAUUUUCCUUGUGGUAACUGGAGCUGAAUUAGCUGAUGCAGUGAAGAAGGCAUUAGGCCAUGAUCAUUACAACUCUGAAUCCGGUGCUCUUCUUCCUGUUCAGAGGGUUUCACUUGAGAAUGGAGAGUUCACUUGGUUUGCUGACAAGGAUGCUACUUCAAAGUUGGAAAUUAAGUAGACAAGGUAACUCUGCUUUAUAUAUAUAUAUGAUGGUUAAGUAUUGAGCUAUCUAUAAUAUUAUGGAGUUGCAGAAGUUUAAUGAAAACCAACCUUGUAUUCCAAACAUGAAUUAUAUUGUAAUGCAAGCUAUGUUUGGAUAGAGAAUGAGAAUGGUUUGAGAAUAAAAAUGCAUUAUUAGGUUGAUGAUA